AUGGCAGGGAACAACAGCCUGGGUGGAUUCAUCCUGCUGGGGCUCACAGACAGUCCACAGGCACAGAGUCUUCUCUUUGGGUUGUUCCUCUUGGUGUACACUGUGACCUUGGUGGGGAACACCGGGGUGGUGCUCUUGGUUGGGGUGGUUGGCAGCCUCCACACCCCCAUGUACUUCUUCCUCGCCCACUUCUCCCUCGCCGACAUCUGCUACUCCACGGUCAUCUGCCCCAGGCUGCUGGCAGACCUGUUGGCAGAGGAGAGGACCAUUUCCUUUGCUGCUUGUGUGGCACAGUUCCAUGGCUUCUCCUUCUUUGCCACUGCUGAGUGUCACCUCCUGGCCGUGAUGGCCUACGACCGGCACCUUGCUAUCUGCAGCCCCUUGCUUUACGUCCCCAUCUUCUCCGGCAGGCUCUGCUGGCGCCUGGUGGCAUCGUCCUACCUCCUGGCGCUCCUCAGUGCCACCACCUACACCAGCUGCGUUUUUGGGGGUUCCUUUUGUGGACCCAACCAGAUUGAUCACUUCUUCUGUGACGCCAGCCCUGUGCUGCAGCUCUGCUGCUCUGACACCCGCAGCAGGGAGUUGGCCAUCUUCGUCCUGGUGGCUCUCAAUGGGGCGAGCACCAGCCUGGUCAUUCUGCUCUCCUACUUCUCCAUCCUCUGCACGGUCCUGAGGAUGAGCUCAGCACAGAGCAGGUGCAGAGCCUUCAAAACCUGCACCUCACACUUGGUAGCUCUUUCCUUAUUCUAUGGGACACUGUUGUUCAUGUACCUACAACCCCUGUCCAGCCAUGGGAGGUUGGAUAAGGUGGUCUCCAUCUUCUACACUGUGGUCACACCUAUGCUCAACCCCUUCAUCUACAGCCUGAGGAACAAGGAGGUGAAGGAUGCUCUGGGCAAGUGCAGGAGAAGGAUCUUAAACCACUGGAGACGUGCAAGGGUUGUAUCAGCUUCCAAGUGA